AUGUCCUCGUCUGAUGCUAAAAUCGGUAUAAAUGGAUUCGGUCGUAUUGGUCGACUGGUGUUUCGAUGUGCACUUGAACAAGGUGUUCAAGUAGUCGGUAUCAAUGAUCCAUUUAUUCCGGCUGAAUACAUGGUUUACAUGUUCAAAUAUGAUUCAACUCAUGGACGGUUCAAAGGUGAAGUUUCAGCCAAAGAUGGAAAACUUAUUGUUAACGGAAAAGAAAUAAGUGUUUUUACUGAAAAAGAACCGUCUCACAUUCCAUGGGGUCAACUCGGUGCUGAAUAUAUCAUUGAGUCAACUGGUGUAUUCACAACAAUAGACAAAUGUCAAUCACAUUUACAAGCCGGCGCUAAAAAAGUUAUAAUUACAGCACCAUCAGCAGAUGCACCGAUGUUUGUUAUGGGAGUCAAUGAAGACAAAUAUACUGGAAAAGAAACAGUUCUUUCAAAUGCAUCAUGCACAACAAAUUGCUUGGCACCGCUUGCUAAGGUUAUUCAUGAAAAAUAUGGUAUCGUUGAAGCUUUAAUGACCACCGUACAUUCCUAUACGGCAACACAAAAAACAGUUGAUGGUCCAUCAAACAAAGAUUGGCGUGGUGGCCGUGGAGCUGCACAAAAUAUCAUUCCAUCAUCAACUGGUGCUGCUAAAGCCGUUGGAAAAGUAAUUCCUGAUUUGAAUGGAAAACUGACGGGUAUGGCUUUUCGUGUUCCAACACCUAAUGUCUCUGUUGUUGAUCUCACUGCUCGUUUAAGCAAAGGCGCUAAAUAUGAAGAUAUCUGUGCAACAAUUAAAGAAGCUGCUAAUGGCCCAUUAAAAGGUAUUUUAGGUUAUACUGAUGAUGAAGUUGUUUCGUCUGAUUUUAUUGGCGAUACACACUCAUCAAUUUUUGAUGCUAAAGCUGGCAUUUCGCUCAAUGACAAUUUUGUUAAACUUGUUUCAUGGUAUGAUAAUGAAUAUGGUUAUUCCAACCGUGUUGUUGAUCUUGUUAGAUACAUUGCCAAAAAAGAUCACGGAAACUAA